GCUUUGCGGCGUUUUCCGCGGGGAAUCUGUGUGAAGGGUGGGGAAACUUGAAAGUUGGAUGCUGCAGACCCGGGCUGUUGAGAAGAUUAAAUGUGAUAAUUUAGAUAAGUUUUGGAACAGUGCCUGGCAUGGGUAGCAAGAAACUAAAACGAGUGGGUUUAUCACAAGAGCUGUGUGACCGUCUGAGUAGACAUCAGAUCCUUACCUGUCAGGACUUUUUAUGUCUUUCCCCACUGGAGCUUAUGAAAGUGACUGGUCUGAGUUAUCGAGGUGUCCAUGAACUUCUAUGUAUGGUCAGCAGGGCCUGUGCCCCAAAGAUGCAAACGGCUUAUGGGAUAAAAGCACAAAGGUCUGCUGAUUUCUCACCAGCAUUCUUAUCUACUACCCUUUCUGCUUUGGACGAAGCCCUGCAUGGUGGUGUGGCUUGUGGAUCCCUCACAGAGAUUACAGGUCCACCAGGUUGUGGAAAAACUCAGUUUUGUAUAAUGAUGAGCAUUUUGGCUACAUUACCCACCAACAUGGGAGGAUUGGAAGGAGCUGUGGUGUACAUUGACACAGAGUCUGCAUUUAGUGCUGAAAGACUGGUUGAGAUAGCAGAAUCCCGUUUUCCCAGAUAUUUUAACACCGAAGAAAAGUUACUUUUGACAAGUAGUAAAGUUCAUCUUUAUCGGGAACUCACCUGUGAUGAAGUUCUACAAAGGAUUGAAUCUUUGGAAGAAGAAAUUAUCUCAAAAGGAAUUAAACUUGUGAUUCUUGACUCUGUUGCUUCUGUGGUCAGAAAGGAGUUUGAUACACAACUUCAAGGCAAUCUCAAAGAAAGAAACAAGUUCUUGGCAAGAGAAGCAUCCUCCUUGAAGUAUUUGGCUGAGGAGUUUUCAAUCCCAGUUAUCUUGACGAAUCAGAUUACAACCCAUCUGAGUGGAGCCCUGGCUUCUCAGGCAGACCUGGUGUCUCCAGCUGAUGAUUUGUCCCUGUCUGAAGGCACUUCUGGAUCCAGCUGUGUGAUAGCCGCACUAGGAAAUACAUGGAGUCACAGUGUGAAUACCCGGCUGAUCCUCCAGUACCUUGAUUCAGAGAGAAGACAGAUUCUUAUUGCCAAGUCCCCUCUGGCUCCCUUCACCUCAUUUGUCUACACCAUCAAGGAGGAAGGCCUGGUUCUUCAAGGAUCUAGAGAAUUCAAAUGAUCUGCUCGAGGCAAACAUAGGAUCGUCUGAGUUCCUUGCAUCCUGUUCAAGGUUCAAGAGCCUAGGACUCUACUGCAGACCACACCACAACACUGUUGGAUCAUCAGACCUCUUCUAGAAAUCCUUGACAAUUGAGAUAAACUCCACUUACAUGAACCCUGAAAGUCAUUACAUAUGACUUAUUCAGCCCUCCCUUAUUCAAUUUGAUUCACUUGCCACCUUCCCAAGAUCUUACUCUUCAUGUGAAAAUGAGAGACUCAUUUAUUGCUCAGCUUGUUCCCUCAUUUCUCUAUGUAACAUGUACUACUAGUGGGAUCAUCAAACAGUAAGUAUUCGCAAAACUGGGCUUAGCGUAGUUCUAGGUGCUAUGUAGAUAUAUAAUGACACCCCCCAACCCAAAGAAAGUCAGCUGGGGAGACCUGAAACAAUUAGAGAAAUACACGAGGGGACCCUAAUUGAAUGUGAAUCUCUCUAGCCAACCAGAAGAAAGAGAGGGUGGGUUUAGGGGUAGUGAGGGACACUUUGUGAAGAAAUGAUAGCUUGUGAGGACUCCAAGGUUGAGUAGAAUUUCAACAAAGAGCAAAGAAUGGAAUUGGAUGGUGUGUUCGAGAGAAGAAAACAGACUUUAUUGGAAUAAAGAUUCCAUGUAGGGAAGAAGGUUGAGUUAAGAGUAGGGCUAGAAGAUGCGAAGUUUGAAAAGACAGGCAGGGCAUGCUUUCUUCACCCACAACUAUAAUACAUCUUUGACCAUAAAAAGUGGUUGUUAUUGCUAUCAUUUGUUUUUAUUUUCACUUUGCCCCUUCAAGUUCUUGAAAAAGAUAGGCAGAAUAGAAGAGGGUAUGCCCUCAUUCAUGGAGCACAGAGAAGGAAGCCCUCUGUGAUGUUUCCAGAUGUGUAGGUUCAGGCUCUAGACCAGUGCUGGUGCCUUCCUGGGGCUGCCCAAGCCAAUCCCCAGGGAGAGGCUGCAGAUCCUUUCUCUGCUCAGCUCCGUUCAGGCUCCUCUUUUCUUGAAGAUUUGACAGAUACUGGUUAAGUUCUUCAAAUCUGACAACUGAGUUCUUUGUGGCAAAGAAUAGGUGGCUAAGGAGAACUGGCUCUAACAGGCUAAUGGCCUACCUGGCCCCUUUCCAGCAGGAGAAAUGCCGUAGUCCUUCCCAGAAGCCACAUCUUAUAUGCACAGUCCUCACAGAGUGUGUCUGUGCGUCAGAAUCAAUUAAUCAUGCCUGUCAGGAGGGGGAAUGGCCUAUCUGGCUGAAACAGUGGAAGGAGCCCUCGUGAUUGAAGACCCCUUUGCCUUGGAAACUCGUGCAGGUCAGAGGGGAAAGUUGAGUCUAGAUGGCAUGCGGUAUUCCUUGAGUAUGUUUUGUCAUCCCUGAAAUUUGCCCAUGUCAGCCAACUAACUGCUUGUAGCAAAGCUGUAUUGUCAGUGCAAUCCUUUGGGGCCUUGUUUGGGCCUGAAGGAGUCAUUCAUUUCUUAAAGAAGAAAGAGAUGGCAAAGUGGAAUUUGUAAUAACAGCUGUUAGUAUUUACAACUUUUGUUUCAAGAUCUUCAGGCACUUAAAAAUGGCUUUAAGUGGCCACUCUGCAAGAGUCUAUCUUUUACAUGGCAGCCUGUGAGAUCUUUCUCAAAACAAGCCUCAUCUCAUCUCCUCUUUUAUUGAGAUCCCCAUUGGUCCUCUAUUUUGUAUAGAAGUGGUUCCCAAACUUUUUUGAUUUAACACCCUAUCAGUAAACAAUUUUGAAUAGGUACUCCCAAUAUACAUAUAUUUCUUUUCAUAUUAUACACAUGUAUUACUUUCCUAUUAUGUACAUUAUAAAACAUACACAAAAUUAACUUUUUUAAAGGCUGAGAUAAAGAUGAAGUAAGCAAUAGCUUAAAAUGUCUUGUCAAUUAUGAUGGCUUCAUACUGUCAUUAGCUAAUAUCUCAAAGCACAAUAAAUAUGUCAGGGGAGUUCCAUCACAAAUGAUAGUUCAUUUAUAUCAUUUGAAUGAUAUAAAGCCUUAUAUCUAAUAGUUUUCAUGGAAAUUUCUAAUUGUUUUGACUUGACUUCUUGUUACAUGCAAAUAUUUGGUCAUUGUCUUCACUUUGUAAUACGGCUGAAGAAAACUUGUUCUAAGGGCAGUGUCAAUGCUAUUAUUCUUAUUAUUUGCUUGUGCUUAUACUACUAAUAUUAUCUUUGAUCCAUUGUUUCCAUGUGGGAAUAUUUUAAUCUACUUGUCCAUUUUGUGUGUGUUAGGUUAAAUUUGAUAAUAUCCAUAAUCCAAUGAGUCAGGAAUGUGCAAGCUGUAGUGAUUCAUAUGUCAUUGAAAGCCCCAGGGGAGUGAGGACUGAGGACACCAUUUGCCCCCUCUGCAAUGUGCAGGUCCUAAUCUUGCCACAGGAUAUCUCAUGAACAAUUCAUGACACAUAACAAUGGAUGUGAGGAGCCCACUGUCAAUAUUUAUAUCAAAUGUUAUAAGGCCAUGUUUUUUAUUUCCUAGAAAAAAAUAAGUUCAAAUUCUAGUACUUUCUGACUACUAAAUUCUAAUGGAUCAUCUUGUGUAUCUCUGGGGCAUGCAUCCUAUUUGGAGACCAAAGGUCUACAGGAUGGAUUUCAAACCCAUUAGCCUUGACUUACAGGGUCCUUCUCUGUCCAAACUCAGCCCAUCUUUCCAACCUCAUCUCCCGUUGUUCCCUGUCUUAUACCAAGAAGACAUCCCAUUGCUUUUUAAACAUGAAAUAUUCUUUAAUAACUCCAUUUUGUGCUUACUCUUCCAGCCAACUGGAAUGCCUUUCUCCCAUUCUCUAACCCAAGUUAAAUCUUUGUAAGAUUUCUGAUUCCCUUGGAGCAGAGGUCAGCAACCUUUCUGUAAAAGGCCAGUGGUAAAUAUUUGAAGCUUUGCAAGCCAUAUUAUCUCUGCCAACUACUCAAUUUUAUCAUUGUAGUGCAAAAACAGCCAUAGGCAAUAUGUAAACAAAUAAGCAUGGUUGUGUUCUAAAAAAAUUUCUUUACAAAAAUAGGCAGUGGGCUGGAUUUGGCCCUUGGGCUGUAGUUUGCCAACCCCUGCCUUAGAGAAACUGUCACUCUUCUACUACUGCCAUCCUAGCUUUUUCUCCAUGAUUAUGUUUCCAGGCACAUUUUGCCAAAAUACUAAAUUCUUUGAAGUCAAACACUUUUAUUCCUAUUCCCUAAAAGCUAGAAAUCUGGGACUAGAAAUGAUUCAAUAAAGACAUAUUAUUGAA